UUCUUCUUUGUAUAUCUUUCAAAUGGACACAAGAAAAAAUGUAGAAAUUUAUAACAACUCAUUCAGCUGAUCAUUAAAAGGGGUAAAGUGAUUCGUAGGUUAGGAAUUUGUGUUUUGAUUUGAUUUUACGACUUGACUUAUCUAGGGCUAAAACAUGGCAGCACCUCUGACACGCAGCCUUAGUACAAGGACAGUUAAAAAGUUGGAAAAGCCGAGACCUCUCAAAAUGUCUUCCAGUCAAACAAAAGUAACUAGUGAACUUUCUCCUCACGUUCCAUGUAAGUUGACAGUGCAAGACUUGAUGAUUCUGGUGGAAAAUUCCAGUCAAAGCCUAUUGGACAAAAACUACGAUGAAACUCUGACUGCAAAUGUUGCUGUCAUGUAUUCAAAACUGAAAAUCCACGGGCAACAGCUGGAGACCAUUUUUAAAGAUCAGCUAGACCGAGCAUUUGUAGUCUUUCGAAAUGCUUGCCAAGACGACGGGUUGCUGUUUACGACAAGGCUUCACCUACUAGAAUUAGUUGAGCUGCGAGCAAAUCAGUGGUCUAAUUCUGACAAUACUCUGGUGUACUACUCAGCGAAAAUGGCAGCCACAGAUAUCGAACCAUUUGUUACGACUCCCGACGCAAAUACGACAACUCCAUUGCCUCUUCCUUCUCCUUCUUCCCCUAUCCCUCCAGCCCUCGGACCUGGGGAAGUGCUCAAGACAUCUGGAAAAUUCCCUAAGCCAACGAAGGUUCCAGGGAAAAAUUACUGCAAAGAUGAAGUCGUGAUUCGAAAUGCAGAUUCUGGAAAAGCAGAGUUCAUCAGACCACCAAUUAUAAAGUGUCCAGUCUCGUGGAAUACCGCACGUUACCUUUACCCCCCCCACUUCUUCCGCCCCUACUACCCUCCUGUCUGGAUCCCACGCUCCGCUUGCCUAGUAAAUCCAGGUGCCAAAGAACGACUUGUACAGAUAACCGGACCGAGUGAAGAUAAAAUAGUACACGCUAGACAGCUGAUGGAGGAUACGAUUCGACGAAAUGCUUCUCCAGUCCGAGAGGGUGUGGACCGAGAACGUAUGGGAGGUUCCAGUUCUAGCCUUAAUAGCAGUGCCUCCGAUGAGAGUAACCGUCUGAUACAACCUGGUUCACGAAGAUCAGCCUUGCUGCACAGCUAUUCAACAAAUGAUGCAAACCUCGGGGAAUAUAAGUUCACAGUCACCAUCGGUAAUGAUACGGUCAAGAUCACAGGAUCAAAUUUCCAAGUUGUUCAUAAUUCAAGAUUGGUGCUGGAAGAAUACUACAACGUUUGGCUGCAGAAGAAUUGCACGGGUGACUGCUAUGGGAUUGACGAAGAUGUGUUUGUUGAUCCUGUUGUCCAAGAUAUGAUGACGUUCCGACUGAACUCUGUAGACUCAGGUAAUGGCAAUGGCCCAUCCACAAGUAGUGGAGAUAGUGACGAUAUCACCUGUAUCAACACACUGUCGCCACCAGGGGUGAGUUUUGAUCCAAGCCUGGGCUACCAGGCGAUGUACCCAGUCGGGCAGCUCGAGAGACGACCAGUGUUGGGCCGCUCCAACUCCACUCCCAUGGCCGGUCCUCCAUUGUCUCCUCAGAGUCAAGGAGUCAGCCGGAAAUACAGCAAAGAAUUCCUAUUAGAAUGUUCAAACUCACAUCAUUCUCGAGCGCCUCCUCACAACUGGGAUCAGAUCACCCUGGAGUGUCCUGCGAUCGCCAAGAAGUAGUAACUGAGCUUGGAUGUGCAGCCCUGCUAAGCCUUACUUCCUAGCUUCGUAGCUUCACGAUACAUUUUAGAUUCACUCGAUACGAACUACACGAAAGAUAAUUUUUAAAUUAAAAGCUAUACAAUAGUUCUAAAUGUGUUAUUCCACUAUGGACAGAUCUCUUUGCCUACUCAAAUGAAGAAUCUUUUAAUUUGAGAAAAUUAUUCACUAGGUAAAUUUCUUCAAGAAGGAAAUUGUAUACCAGUAAUAGCAUGAUAUAUUCUUGUUCAAAUAUUAUUUUUAUACAAUGAACUUUGUAUCCAAAAUUGUAUGUAAUAUCUGCGUAGUUUUAACCAUUUUAUUUGUAAGACUAAAAUGUUCUUGGAUUGCUAAAGUUGUCAUGUGUUUUUAAUUCUUAAACAUUGCGGACCAUUUGUACCGAUUUUGUUAUUUGUACAAAAUAAAUUGGAUUGUUUCAAGAGUUAGAAUCUUUAUACAGUCUUAUAAUUAAUAUUACAGGAUGAAUAGAAGUAUUGAAGAGUGAUUGUAAUAUACUACUCAGUACUUUUCAUUAUUUUAAGUGAUAUUGUAUUAAAUUAUGCAAUGAAACUA